AUGUGCCCAUCGCCACAGUUGGCGUGCCAGGCUGAGCCGCAGACAUCGCAUUGGAGGCAAUUGUUGGAGCGAGCGCGCUUGGAGAAGAGCCUCGUGCCCGACAUCGAGGCCUUGGAUGAUGGGAAUCCUGUCGUGUCCGGGGGAUCAGCCUUGCGCAUUUUCAGGCAGCGGACCAUCCUUCAAGAGGAAUGGCUUCAUUCCUUCAUGCCCCAGUCAAGGAAGAGGCUGCCGACACUGCUAGCUUUCAGCAGCUCAAAAGGAGCCUUUUCUUCUUGCGCUUCCAAGCUUGCAGACCAACCAGGUCUGGGCAUGAGCAGGUCCAGCUUGGGCACCGUGGGCCAGGUCUCUGCCACAUCUGUGCAGACAACAUUCUGGUCCCGUCUGGCUUCCCUGAAGCGGUGCUAUUCUUCCCUUCUGCGUAGGUGCUCGCGCAUCUCGCAGCAAUCGGAAGCUGAGAGUCUGCCAGGCAUUUCAGCACCUUGGCCGGACGAAGUUUGGCCACUCUCUUGCCAGGACAUCAAAGAGGCGUGGGUGCAAGCUUUCAUGGACAUGUCGCUGAUGGUGGCCGGGCAUUUGCCUCGGUAUGGGCUGCAGCCAGAAAACAUGGCAACAGCUGCUCGUUGUGAUGCGUGCCUUGAAGAGCAGGAUGCUCUCAACGAUGUGCUUAGCCAGAUGCGAUGCUCAGAUGAGCAGCUUGCAAAAUGGCAUUCGGAGCGGCUAGAUUUUGCAGAUGAGGAUGCGUGGUUCCAGCAUCCAGACUCGCGCAGCUUUCCGAUGGAUCCACCAAUCACAACUCGAGGCAAGAGCCUGGCGAAGUUCCAGGGGCAAACGCUCACUGAGUUGUGCAACAAGCUAGGGACGCCGAUUGAUGUGGUGAUCACCUCACCCUUUCAUCGGUGCGUGCAGACGGCGGCCGCAAUCAUCGAGGUCCUGCCACAGCGAAAUGGCAAGAAGGUGCCAAUACUCAUCGACGCUGAAGUGUCGGAGGUGGGUCUCUACAAGAAGCCGCCAGGGAUAACCGACCCUGGGCUGAUCAAGGCGCACCAGGAGUUUUGCAGCCGGCGCCGCACGUUCGAUGAGGUUGCGGAGCUGCCAGACCUGCAAGGCAUCGAGAAGCUCAACGCCUCCUCGUUUGUCGGGAUCGCGCCUCCCUUCCCCGAGCAGCGGCGCUCGGCUCACAUUCGCGGCCUCUACCGCUUUGCAGAGUGGCUGGAGAGGGGUCGGUAUGCCCGACUCAACUUCCUCAUAGUCACACACCAGGACUUGGUGCAUACUUUCUGCUCAAUGAUCAAGCCUGAGGUUUGCAUUGAGUGGGUGAAGUAUUGCGGUUGGGGUGCUGCCUUCGUCAAGCGCAGAGACGUGGGCAGGUUAUCGGCAGAUGCGUUGCAAAAGAGGAGCACGAAACCACCGCCGCCACUGCACUCCUUGCAGAUUACCUCGGAGCUUGGCUCUGGUGUGCGUUGGUCACCCUACACAGUAGACCCGCGGACCGGCCACCAUCUUCGUUGGUAUCCGGCGGAAGAUGAGACCGGUGUUGCGGCGAUUGCCGCCAUCUUCUCCAACCAGCAGAGUGCGGAGCUGCAGGAAAUGAAGCGCUACGCGGACACACAGGCCAUACAACGCGCCUUUCAGGGAGGAAAGACCUUCUCCUUGCUUCUACUGGCGGCGAACAGGUCAGAAGAGUCGGAGGAGGACAUGAUCGAGAGAGCCCACUCUCACGCUGACAAGCCGCCGUCGACGGAGGAGAUCGAGAUCGCAAAGCUCGAGAUGGAUCAAGCGUAUGAGAAGGUCAUGCUCAGCCAAAACCAAACCCUGGGCAACGAUCCGCCCAAUCGCUCGACCCGCUCGACCUCUGAGGAGGAGAUGGUCAGCUGCGAGCGCAGCGCGACGGUCAUGGCCCGCAAGAUUGAGCCAAGGCAAAUAAGAAGCCAAUCGAACACGGAAGUGGGCCUUAUGAGCGGCAGCUUGACGUUGCAGCCAGUGGAUGAAGGCGAGGAGGGCGCGGCUGAGGAUGUCGGUGACAAAGUGCGCCAGGCUGUGAAACUCCUGAUUUUCCUGAAGUUUCAAAUGCCGUGCAGUGUGCGGCACGCAGUGUUGACCCCACAAGCUUCAUGGAGUAUUGGUUCACAUGGCGACAAAACUCAAGCUGGUGGUGGUGCCCAAAAUCCGGUGCCCAUCGCAGAGACGGACUUGUGCUGGGUGCGCUCGUUUCACCGGUCGAGUGUGGCCCAAAGGGCCAACAAGACCCAGGAGUUGGGGGAAGUCCUCAUCCGUGAGAAGCAGAGGCCCUGGUCGGAACCGGAGCCGUCUGAGGAGCAUCCUCGCCGCUGCCUGCGUGCGCGCACCGUCCCGGUGCGGGGCCUUCUGCAAGCUCCGAAGAGGGCCAGCACCCUCAAGUGUGGGCAAGGACGACUGAUCGAGCUGUUCUAUGUUAUUAACUCGCCGACCUCGCCCUGUGAGCUGGAGGAUGGCUCACCAGCUGUGGCGCAGCGGUUGCCACAUGCCAGGCGAGAGGAUGCCAGAUCCAAGCAAAUGCAGGCGAUGCUGGACUCGCGCAUCGCCUCCUUCUGUUGCACCUCCCAGGUCCAGGAGCGCACGCCCUUUGCGUUCACCGUGCUCGCGGCGGUACUUCCACCGGAGGACGAGGCCGAAAGCCGGUCCCACCUGAGUGCGGACCCAACGGACUUCCUGUACUGCACCGCAGUUCGCUUCAUUGAGGGGGGGCGCUGCCUGGCAUACUGCAUUGUAUCUCGCCACCCCUUUGUGGAAGCCUUUGGGCAGCUCCUGGUGAUGUUGCACGACGGCGUGGAGGUGCUGGACGAAGUGGGCGAGGCCUGGCCUGUUAUCCCGGUGCCAUGGCGUGACGUCGCCUGCGCCAUUGACUGCCCGAUCGCAAUCCUCGGAUGGUGGCCGCUUGACCGCAACACCUGGUUUGCAUUUACGUUUCUGGUCUUGCUGCCCUGUGCAGAGACAGAGUCGCAAGCAAAUGGCAUGUGUACUGGCUGGGCCCAAGACGGGCUAACCGCCAAAGGAAAAGAGCAAGCUCAGCAGGCUGGCAAGCUCCUGACAGAUGCCGGUUUCAACUUCGAUGUGCUGUUCACUUCUGUUCAGAAACAGGCCAUUUGCACCGGAUGGUUGGCCCUGAUGCAGGGCGAUCGCGUGGCCGUGCCGCAUUUCCAGCACUUCCGGCUCAACGACCGCCACUGGGGAGCGUACCAGGGCAAGGGAAUGCCAGCGGGAGUGGACGUCAAGGUCGCCCCUCCAGCUGUCGGACGUGCCGACGCCGAGCAUCCCUGUAACGACUCCUUGUACAGGGGUGUCCCGUCGAGCGCGCAGCCUGCUUCUGAGUCGAUGCAGAUGGUUGUUGGCCGCGCCCUUCCUUUCUGGCACGAUGCAAUCGCGCCUUGCAUUCUGAGUGGCAAAACACCACUGGUUGUGGCACAUGAAGGUUCCGUCCGCGCCAUUUGCCAGGCCCUUGAGGAUGACACUGAUGCGGAGGCGCUGGAAUAUGAAAUCCUUCCCGGGGUGCCUCUUGUAGUUGAGCUGGACGAGGAACUGGGCUACCGAAAGCGGGCAGCGCUGGCGCCAAGCGGUGUUGCAAAGGCAGGGAGGUUUGGCGCGCCGGCAGAAGCUCCGGCCCUUCGGGCUGGGCCCACGCCCAAGCCCAAGGCCAAAGCCAAGGUGGCCGAGCCUGCCAAGCCAAAGGAGGAAUACACGGUGGAGAUUACUGUGGUGGCAGCCAAGGGGCUACGUGAUGCGGAUUGGUUGUCGGGCACGUCCGACCCGUAUGUGAAGUGCACCGUCUCGGGCAAGGCAUGCCUGGCAGGUUCUUGUGCCAGGAUGUUCAGGGACAUUCGGCUGUUCCGGAGCUUUGAGGAGGGCAUGCAUGAGGUCAGCUCCACUUAUGCAUUCCGUACCUCCAGCCGCAAGUUCUCUUCGCUGCCGGUGGUCAAUCUUGCACCUUUCCUGGAGCAGGGUCAUCCGGGCAGUCCGCACCUGCGCGCCGAAGCAGCGCGGUGCCUGGACGAUGCCUGCCGUGACGUCGGGUUCUUCUACCUGGAGGGGCAUGGUGUGCCAGCCGAAAGCCCGCAGCAAAUGCACGGCCUGGCGAAGGAGUUCUUCAGCCUUCCGGCCGCUUCCAAGGAGGCGAUAGCUCUCGAAGCACAGUCCAUGACCGGCCGUGGCUACCAGAGGUUGGGGGAGAACGUGACGCUGCAAAAGCGCGACUGGCAUGAAGCCAUUGACUUCUACGCGGAGCCUGGGCCCGACAAGGUGGAGCUGGGCAGAUUUGCCGGGUGGCCGGCAAAUAUGCACGAGAGCAAGCUAGCGGAGGUCCGUGGCUUCGUGCACGGACGCAACCUCUGGCCGGACAAGCCUGCUGGGUUCCGGCGCCACGCGGAAACCUACUUUGCGCAGAUGCGCCGGGUUGGCGAUGGCUUGAUGGAUGCGAUGGCGGUGGCCCUGAGUUUGCCGGAAUCCUAUUUCCGGGCCCUCACCAACCAAAGCUUCUGGUGUGCUCGUGUGAUCGGCUACCCAGCACUUGCGGAGGGAGCAGAGGUCGGGCUCUCCUGCGGUGAGCACUCAGACUACGGCUGCUGGACGAUCCUUUGCCAGGAUGAGACGCCCGAUGCCCUGGAGGUGCGAUACCCGGAUGGCACCUGGCGAAAGGUGCAACCGCGACCCGGGGCCUUCGUCAUCAACUUGGGUGAUAUGCUGAGUGUGUGGACCAAAGGGCGCUACGUGGCUACGCGGCACCGUGUCCGCCAGACGACCCGAGAUUUUCGGACUUCCAUCGCAUACUUCCAUGAGCCGAAUUUCGACGCGGUAAUCCGGGCGCUGGACGUGCCAGACUUGCAGUCUGCGGAUCUUUUGGAAUCGCAGGUGGCAAGCACUGUGCCCUUGCGACGCGGUCUCGAAGGUGGAGCCCUCAUCUAUGGCGAGCACCUGUUCGCCAAGGGCAGCGGGGAGUUCCGCACGGCAACGCUCUCGAACAGUCGAGCGGAGGAAGUCAAGUGGAGCCAUGUGGAAAAGAUCAAGCUUCAGCAUGGGGACUCGCUCGACUUUACCGUGUAUGAUGAAGACCCAGGCAAGUCCGAUGACUUCCUUGGGAAAUGCACGCUGCGCUUCGACGACAUCCUCCAGGACUUCAAGGGAACCCUCAAGCUGGUCGACGAGAAGGGCAAGGCCAUGCCGGGCAAGAAGAAAAAAGGCGCUGCCCCGGACUCCAACGUGUCACUUGCACUAUCUUGCGCUGUCUCGUGCCCCAGCAAGCUCCAGAAGCAUGUGAGCUUCCUGCAAGCAUCCCAUCUGAGUCGGAGAAGCGGCAGUUUGUUCGAGUUUGUCGGUACGCGAGGCGAGCCCCAACAGCUGCCCCGAACUUCUGCAGGUGCCUUCCUCUCGGUGGCGGUGAACGAGAUGGUUCAUUUACAGGCGUUCACAUGCGCUCGCAUCUUCGCCUCGUUGAUUCAUAUGCUGGUGCUACGCAUGAUGUGCACGCUCCUGUUUGCGGCUGUUGGGAGGUCAGCGGUCGUGUCUGAGGAUCCCUCCUACGGCGCUGCAUCUGAUCUGGCCCGCCUGACCGAUGACGCCGCGCGGCAUGCGCGGCUGCCCAGGCUCGUUAACCAUGGCUUCUUGUCCAAGCAGCAUCGCAGCAUUGCCCCUGCGGAUGACCCAGGUAGGGUGGUGCAGAAAGCUGCAAGACUGCAAUCUUCCAUUGCGAAUGCACAUCGUGGUGACUGCAGAUCGCUCUGCGCGGGCUUUCGGCUUGUGUCUCCACCUGUCACGAAGAGGCCUCCAGCAUUCCAAAAUGACACCGAGCCCCAUCGCGACUGGCGUCACACGGCUUCUGGGAGCAGCCAAGUGCGUGGUGUCUCCACGCGCAGGCAGAAGCGACCAAAGGCUCCGAAGCUUCACGUGGUGCCCUUCCAGCUGAGAGAGGAGGAUGCUUUGAGGUACUUAGCACAGCAUGAGCAGGGCCGAUGGAUGGCACCCUUGUCCAGCGAACAGGGGGCCGCCAACUCAACGGCUCUUGUCGCCUGGCGGCCUGACUGCGGCGUGCGUGCCGUGUUCCUGCCAUUUCGGGUAGUGAAUGCCGUGGCAAGUGCAAAGUACACUGGCCAGGUCGGGUACACACGAACGUUUUCCGUCACCGGAAGUGAUGGAAAGACGACAACCCAAUCGCAUACCGACUACGUUUGGGUGCGAGGUUCCUUGGAUCGAGUGAGCUUUGAUGGAAAAGGCGGAGAUUCGAACAUGCAGAUCUAUUCAGACUUCCGGUAUUCAGAAGGACUCCUGGAUGCCGUCAAAGGUCACGUUGCAUCCCAAGCUGUACACUUCAACGCCGCAGCCCUGAACAUUAAGGAAGAGCCGACCCUGGAUCCCUUCCGUAUGACAGUGGAGGGCACAAGGGCAGAAGCCAUGGCUCGCAUGGAGGCUGCGCUGACACAGCUGGCGGAGCAGGAGCUGCGCCGGACGCACUUUGGGUGCAGCCACGUCCAGCGGACCACCAUCUCUAGCUUCAAUGUGCUGGAGUACCAUGUGCGAUCCAUGUACCUGCCUGCGUAUGUCUUCACGACCCAGUAUGGCGUCAAGGGUGCAGUUCUGGGCCUCGGAGCUGGGCUCUUGGGAAGUUUGGCAGUGGCCCACUUGGCCGAAGUGACGGUGCUCGCUGGACCUGCCGCUUUCACGGUGGCGGCUGCCGCAUCCUUGGCCGGUUUGGCAGUUGCACGCUGGCUUCCCGUGUGGCGCAACUGGUGGGUUGAGCGAACAGUGGAUGGCAAGGCCUCAGAACAUGCCGCCAGCGCGGGCAGUGAUGUCCGCACCUGGGAGCACUCCGCGGUGGCCAGGCAUGCGGGAAACCUCAGCAGUGGAUCCGUGAAAUCUGCCGGGCAAACAGAGGCCGGCCCCGCAAACGAUGCCAGCCCUGAUGAACAAGAGCUUUUUGCCAAGACAGGCAUGGCCAGCAAGGCUGCCCAGCGCUCGAAGUUUGUGAUCGCAGACCCAAGCGCUGAGCCCGCGCUGGCCGUGCUCGGCCUUGAACUUGGGUGCAGCUUUGGCGAGGCCCAGGGGGCCUUCCGCCGCAUGGCAAUGAGGCUGCACCCGGACCACAACCAAGAUGCCAGCUCUGAAGAGCAGGAGAUCAUGCAAACGCGGCUUCGGAGCGUCCUGUCAGCCUACCGUGACAUCUGUGGCAUUGUGGCUCUGCGCGGCAAAAAAUGGACGCGUGAAGCCGACCCAUCCAAGAGCUCAGAAUUUGUGUCCCUGGCGAGGUAA